AUGGAAGCAGGUGUUAUAACUAAAGAAGUCGAAGAUCUACGUCAUGAUAUAACAUCAUUGAGUGCAGAUGUUUCUCUGUUGCAGAAAACUCACAAUGAAAUCUUACAGGAAAUAAAACAAUUGGAAGAGGAGGAAGAACGAGAGACAAACAAGAACACAAACCAAACUGUAAUUGAAGAUUCCACUACUGAUAUACCAGAGAUAAUGAAACAUAGUCAUUUUGAUCCAAGUAUAAGUGUGUACUUUAAGGAAACGGCUGAGAAAGAAACAGAAAAAGAAGAUAAUGAUGAUGAUGAUGAUGAUGAAAAAGAUACCGAAUUUAUAGCAGAGCCUACCCAUACCAAAUCAAUCCAAGAAGAACUAGAAUUAAAAGAAAAUAUUCUAUAUGAAAACAUCUUCAGAAUGGUGGGAAUAACCGCAUUCCCCAUAAACCAAUAUGUUUUCAAUGCCGAUGAUGAACUUAUGGGAAUACGGUUUGACAGGUAUGCGUCUUCCACGAAUACAUUCCAGCCCCCACACUACGUAAUUCUUCGGCAAAUCAAUAUAUAUUCAGAAAAAGAGCAAGAAUUGACAAUAGAACGCAAGACAUGGUCAGUAUACAAACAUACAUUACCUAAUUACGUUCCACUACUGGACUAUCAGAAACUUCUUGAUGAACUGAAAGAAUCUAUAAUUCAAUUCACGAGGCAUGUACGCGAUUUCUUAACAAAAAUCCAAUACAAACACGAUAAGUUAGAUCAAUUGCUCCAAUUGAGGAGGAAACAGUUUGAUCUUCCUAAUGAUAGCCCUAUAAUACUGAACAUCGAGCGUGAUUUGUCAUGUGAACGCAUCCAAAUUACGUUUAAACUGAAGAAUAAACUUUUUCUAGAGUUGCUACUUUCAACUGACACAAUUGAAGUUUGCACAUUCAAAUCUUCAAUAAGCUCUUCUCAUAAACAGCAAUUGAGGUUUUGUGAAAGCAUUCUAAGAGACUGCAAUAUCAGUGAUAUAAUUAAGAAGACGCGUUCAGUUAUCCAAACUUUGGUUUCCCACAACUUAAUUGAAUAG